UCCCAGAGUCCUGAGCUCGCGCGGUCUAGCCCCCGGCCUGCCCCGGGUGCAGCGGGCACCUGGUCGCCGGCGGGCGGGCGGAGCUCCGUGUCCUUGCGUUGCAGCAGAGCAGCGGAGCUCGGCGACCAUGGCUACCCGCCUGUGGCCCCUGUUAGGGUUUUGCAUUAAGGCUGGCUUGGCUGGUGGGUCCGUAUACUUCGUUUAUGAUCAGGGGCUGCUGGGGUCAAGUUCCGAGGGUCAGGCUGCACUACGAAGGGCACAGGAGACAAUCCCAGUCGCCUUCAACCAUUACUCAGACUUACUUUCGAAGCACAUGGGCGUCCGGCUGGAGCUCCCAUCCACUCCACAUUUCAACAUUAACCUCCGAGAGAGCUGGAACUCAGGCAUCAACAGCUUGAUGUCUUCACUGUCCAGCGCUCCCACGACGAUGCAGGCAUACAGUCGUGAAGGCUGGAACUACCUGAAGGGCCAGAAGUGAAGCUCCCACCCGUCAGGCACAUCAGUGGGAAUGGUGGGGGUGAAAGGGCUCGGGUCUCAGGCCCCCAAAGCUGUGGGAUGACCCCUGUCCCCCCGAGGGCAGCUUGUGACCAGGCCCUGCCCAAAUAAAGGACUUUAGAACACUU